GAGCCAAGCGGACGCGUUUAAGGAAAAUAAAAUACAAUACCAAAAUUUUAAAAAAGGAUAUAGAAAUACAAAUUGUAUAAAAGAAAUAAAUAACUACACAAAAGGAUUACAAAAGGAUAUGAUUAAAUCUAAUUGAAACCAAACAAGCUGAAGAAUACAAAACUAAAAUCGGUCGAAAUAUUGUACAAAGUUAAUUAAGCUUUUUCAAGAUGAAGUACUUUGAAUUCCUAAGCCUUUCGUCGGUGGGCCUCUGCAUAGCCUGUGGAGACUUGCUAUUAGCAGUGAGCAUACUGGGUCCUUCGAGCUUCUAUCUAUACCUCGAUUUCAUGGAUAUAGAAAAAUGGGAACAGGAUGCCGAAGUGGAAGCUUUGACUCCCAUUGGAACCUUCUUUUCCACAUUGGUGAACUAUCUGUGGGUGCGCGAGUUCUCGCAGGUUUUCUAUAUGACAGCAACGUUUAUAAUUUGGGUUAAGGCAAUGAUAAACCUAAUGGUGGCCUGUAUUCUUAUCGACGGCAUAAAGCAGAAACGUCUCGUAUGUAUUGCUCCCUGGUUGAUAAACUCAUGUCUAUCAAUGGUUGUUGAAACGGGCAUUUUUGUGAGCCUGGAGCUGCGAAUUGAUGAAGUUGAUGCCGCAGUGGAUCGUCGAAUAGCGAGAAGCCUAAUCUUUGGCGUAUUUAUAGUGCUGAACGCGUUAGUUUCGUAUGGUAUCUAUGCUCUUUAUCGCAAGCUAAAGUCUGAGCCCAGUGAGAAUCUUGAAGUCAUUCCCCAAAGCCCUCCACACACAUUUAAUGCCUGAACAUACUUAGAAGAUAAACUAUUUUCAAGAAAUUUACGUUUUGAAACCGACAAAUAUAAAUGUUUGAAAAAUAAUAGAAAUAAAUCUUUUCCUAAGUAUCACUCACUUCAAAGACGACCACAAAACCCAAUCUGCAGGCCAGAAUUAUGUAGAACAUGCUGCUCAAUGUGUAUUUUUCUGGAGACGAUGGUGGAAGUCGAAAGUCCGUGUAUCUGAAAAGAAGUUAGCUAAUGAGUAACGAAUUUGAUGAAACUAUUCCAUAUAUUUCACUCACCUGCAUGUUGUUAUGUUAGAGAGAUCGCCAGCUAAGCUGUACAACGUGGGUGAAUCAAUGACUUUGAACUCUGAUAGCGUAAAGUUCAGGUAACCAUCCAGAGUGCCGUUCUUGUUCACGUAAUGCCGGUACACCAAACGCGGAAUCAUGUCAGA